AUGCACUCACUGUGUCCGCCCACCAUCUUCCAGACCUCCUCAUCUCCUCCUGCCUCGCCCACCUUCUUCCAGACCUUCCUCGUCUCCUGUUGCCUCGCCUACCACCUUCCAGGCCUUCCUCGUCUCCUCCUGCCUCGCCCACCAUCUUCCGGACCUUCCUCGUCUCCUCCUGCCCCGCUCACCUUCUUCCAGACCUUCCUCGUCUCCUCCUGCCUCGUCCACCAUCUUCCAGACCUUCCUCGUCUCCUCCUACCUCGCCCACCUUCUUCCAGGCCUUCCUCGUCCCCUCCUGCCUCGUCCACCAUCUUCCAGACCUUCCUCGUCUCCUCCUACCUCGCCCAACAUCUUCCAGACCUUCCUCGUCUCCUCCUGCCUCGUCCACCAUCUUCCACACUUUCCUCGUCCCCUCCUGCCUCGUCCCCAUCUUCCAGACCUUCCUCGUCUCCUCCUACCUCGCCCAACAUCUUCCAGGCCUUCCUCGUCCCCUCCUGCCUCGUCCACCAUCUUCCAGACCUUCCUCGUCUCCUCCUACCUCGCCCAACAUCUUCCAGACCUUCCUCGUCUCCUCCUGCCUCGCCCACCUUCUUCCAGACCUUCCUCGUCUCCUCCUGCCUCGCCCACCAUCUUCCAGACCUUCCUCGUCUCCUCCUGCCUCGCCCACCUUCUUCCAGGCCUUCCUCGUCUCCUCCUGCCUCGCCCACCUUCUUCCAGACCUUCCUCGUCUCCUCCUGCCUCGCCCACCUUCUUCCAGACCUUCCUCGUCUCCUCCUGCCUCGCCCACCUUCUUCCAGACCUUCCUUAACUCCUACACUCAAAUUAAGUUUUGAAGACUGA